AUGCAGGCCAAGAAGCGGUACCUGCUUGUGUCUGUGGGGGCCGGUCUUCUCUUCCUCGUCUACCUGUGGGGUCUGCAAAUCGGGGAGUUCCAGCAGCAGCCGUACCAAUAUCAGCAGUUUCCCCAGUACCCCCAAUACCACCAGCAGGAAUACCAGUACUACCACCAGAGCCAGGAGGUGUACCAGCCCCAGCCCGUGCCCCAGAGAAGCCCAUCCAGACCGCCCAGGCACUGGCAGGAGUCCACCCAGCUGCUGGAGCCGUAUCUGGAGGGGGGAGAGCAAGAGGACGACAGCCCUCAGCUCCACCACCAGCACACUUCGCCUCGUGAGCGACGUGCGAUCCGCGACAACAUCUACAAGAACAAGCGCUGCCGCAUGGAGACCUGCUUUGACUCCCCUCGCUGCCAGUCGGGCUUCAAGGUCUACAUCUACCCACCGCAGAGAGGGGACGAGAUCUCCGAGACCUACCAAAAGAUCCUGACGUCCAUCGAGGAGUCUCGCUUCCACACCACGGACCCAACGCGGGCCUGUCUGUUCAUUUUGGCCGUGGACACGUUGGACAGGGACCAGCUCUCGGCCCAGUAUGUCCAGAAUGUCAGGCUCCGCAUCCAGAGCCUGCCGACGUGGAACGAUGGAAGGAACCACCUCAUAUUCAACCUCUACUCGGGCACCUGGCCGGACUACACCGAAGAUCUGGGCUUCGAGGUGGGCCAGGCCAUGCUGGCCAAGGCCAGCGCGGAUGUGGUCAACUUCCGACCCAACUUUGAUAUCUCCAUCCCCCUCUUCUCCAAGGAUCACCCGAUAAAAGGAGGGGGCAUUGGUUAUCUGACGCUAAACGACGCAUCGCCCUACAGGAAGUACCUGCUGGUUUUCAAAGGGAAACGAUAUCUAACGGGCAUCGGUUCGGAGACGAGGAAUGCUCUGUAUCACAUCCACAACGGGGAAGAUGUUAUUCUGCUUACCACAUGUAAACAUGGCAAGGACUGGGAGAAGCACAAGGACUCUCGGUGCGACAGAGAUAAUGAAGAAUACUCAAAGUUUGACUACCAGGAGCUGCUUCAUAAUUCCAGUUUCUGCCUGGUGCCCCGGGGCCGACGUCUUGGAUCGUUCCGCUUUCUGGAGGCACUGCAGGCGGCUUGCAUCCCGGUCAUUCUGAGCAACGGCUGGGAGCUUCCCUUCUCCGAAGUCAUCGACUGGAGGAAAGCCGCCAUCAUCGGAGAUGAGAGACUUCUGUUACAGGUUCCCUCCAUUACCCGGUCUGUGGGCCGUGACAGGAUCUUGGCUCUCCGCCAGCAGACCCAGUUCCUCUGGGAUGCCUACUUUUCUUCUGUAACCAAAAUCGUCUUAACUACUCUGGAGAUCAUCCAGGACCGCGUGGACUCCCAUGUGUCCAGAAACGGGUUGUUGUGGAAUUCUCUACCUGGUGGUCUCUAUGCACUCCCCCAGUACUCAACUGACCCUGUGCAGUUCCCUUUUUACUAUGCCAUCCUGGGUAAGAGCCCGGCGCAGCAGUUCACAGCUGUGAUCCAUACAGUUACUCCUCUACAGUUCCAGAUCUCCCCCGUGGUGAAGCUCAUCAUCGCUAUAGCCAAGUCCAAGUUCUGUGCACAGAUUGUGGUUUUAUGGAACUGCGACAAGCCUUUACCUCCUAGGAACAAGUGGCCCUCCACCAGCGUGCCUCUCACUGUCAUUGAAGGACAGACCAAGACGAUGAUCAGUCGUUUUGUCCCCCACGACGUCAUCCUCACUGAUGCCAUUCUCAGUCUGGAUGAAGACUCGGUUCUCUCAACAAAUGAGGUGGAUUUUGCCUUUAUUGUAUGGCAAAGCUUUCCGGAGCGUAUCGUUGGUUAUCCAGCAAGGAGCCACUACUGGGACAGUUCCAGGUCCCGCUGGGGCUACACCUCCAAAUGGACCAAUGAAUACUCCAUGGUCCUUACGGGGGCCGCUUUCUACCACAGAUACUACCACUACCUGUUCACCCACUACGUCCCGGCCAGCCUGCUGACCAUGGUGGACCGCAUGGCAAAUUGUGAAGACAUCCUGAUGAACUUCCUGGUUUCAGCUGUUACCAAGCAGCCGCCAAUCAAAGUCACACAGAAGAAGCAGUACAAGGAAACCAUGAUGAGCCAGGGCUCCAAGUCAUCUCGGUGGGCCGACCCAGACCACUUCGCCCAGCGACAGACCUGCAUGAACGCCUUCAGUCGCUGGCUGGGUUUCAUGCCCCUGGUGCACUCCCAGAUGAGGCUGGACCCCGUGUUGUUCAGGGACCAAGUUUCCAUCCUGAGGAAGAAAUACAGGGACAUUGAGAGGCUGUGA